CACAGAUGUCUCUGCACGCGUAGAGCUGUCUCACCCGUCACGACGGAGUAGCCCUCUUCUGUGUGAACCAAUGAGCCUUGGACAGAGAGGGACAGAGUGAUACAAAGAAACGGGAGGGGGAGACAGUGCAAGAGAAAGAGGAGGUGAAGAGCCACGGAGCAAAACACAUACAUCGCUGCCUGGGAGACUCUGACGUCUCCCCUCAUGCGCCUGUUUCAGCGUGUGUGAGCACAAGAAGAGCAGAGAGGGAGGGCAGGAAAAUAAAUCCCAGGAUCUUGUGUCCUCUCUUUGCUUUAUAUCACCUUCUUUUUUUAUCUCCAUCAUCCAAGGCAUGAAGGCGGGUGUCAGCUGGCACGGCAGAAUAAAAGAAGGGGAUGCUUUAAACGCUGUAUCUCUUUCGACAAGGGAGAAGGAAGAGGAAGGGGGUGACAACACACGGCAGGGACAAAAACAGGAUUUCUAGAAUGAAUGGGAGUCGUUCUGCCGCAUUCACUGGGAAUAGCAGUCUCACACAGAUGUCUCUGAAUGAGCGUUCAGCCCUAAGGAUGACCAACUUACUCAGAGAGCUUGGAUGUCACCUGUGUCCCCGGUUUCACCGCAUUUGACUGCCUUCAACGCUCUCAAAGCGGCACCCAUUGAGACGGGCUGGGAGACCAAGAACCCGACGACACAGACGCAAGUAGGAGAGGAAUACACUGGAGGAGGGGCCUGCGUUCACUGCAGACAAGCAGAGGGCUGCUUGUAAUGCCAAGCCAAAUAACCACUCCUGGAGAUGCCGAAGAGAAGAGAUAUUCUUGCCAUUGUGUUGAUUGUGUUACCUUGGACUCUGCUCAUCACUGUUUGGCACCAAAGCGCUAUCGCUCCAUUUGUCGCCAUCCGCAAAGCCUGUCACCUCCUAGUAAAAGAGAUCUUUAUCAUUCCAGAGAGGCUUACAAUCCGCCACCACCAGCUCUCAGAUGAUAGAGUCGAGGGCAGGGGGGAGGCAGGUGGCCAGGCGCAGGACUCCAAGGAAUACUGUGCCUCUGAUAAGUACAUAGUGGAGGUGGUGAGGACAGAGUACGUGUAUACACGGCCACCGCCCUGGUCCGAUGUGCUACCUACCAUCCACAUCAUUACCCCCACAUACAGCCGACCGGUGCAGAAAGCAGAGUUGACGCGGCUAGCAAACACCUUCCUCCAUGUACCCAACCUGCACUGGAUCCUGGUGGAGGAUUCGCAAAGGAGAACGCCUCUUGUUACACGGCUCCUUCGAGAAACUGGGCUUAACUACACUCACCUCAAUGUAGAGACGCCCAGAAACUAUCAACUGCGGGGUGACAUUCGUGACCCCAGAAUCCCCAGAGGGACCAUGCAAAGGAAUCUGGCCCUCCGGUGGCUGAGGGAGACUUUUAACGCUAACAACAGUCAAGCUGGAAUCGUCUACUUUGCUGAUGAUGACAAUACUUACAGCCUGGAGCUGUUUGAGGAGAUAAGAUCGACUAGGAAAGUUUCGGUGUGGCCUGUGGCCUUUGUGGGUGGCUUGCGGUACGAGUCCCCCAAGGUCAAUGCAGCUGGAAAGGUCUACGGCUGGAAGACGGUGUUCGACCCCCAUCGGCCCUUUGCCAUUGACAUGGCUGGCUUUGCCAUCAACCUGAGACUCAUCCUCAUCAAGCCACAGGCAUAUUUUAAGCUUCGUGGGGUGAAAGGAGGCUACCAGGAGAGUAGUUUGCUCCGGGAACUUGUCACACUCAAUGACCUGGAGCCUAAAGCAGCAAAUUGCACUAAGAUACUUGUUUGGCACACGAGAACGGAGAAACCUGUCCUCGUGAACGAGGGGAAAAUAGGAUUCACAGACCCUAAUGUGGAGAUCUGACCGUUUUCUCUCAAACCACGGUGGUUGGGCCUUGGAUUUGCAGAGAUGGAAAAUGCCAGAGUCUCUUGACGUGCAAACCAGUGCUCAUGUCUUAAUCACCAAGAAUAAAAAGGAAGUGUGGGCCUUUUAUGGGGGAUUCGAUCCUCUACAACGAAUAUAUAUAUGUAUCAUAUUAAAGCACAGAUAAGUAAGAGGUGGCGGGGUUUCUUUGUCAGGACUAAGGUGCAGAGGACAUAAUGGACGCCAUUUAUAGGGAGUCUGUGCUGAUGGUCAUGACCUGCAUCUUAGGCUGAAGACAACCAACAAAAGAGACAGCACAACAUGAAAGACAAACAACCAGCGGAUUUCACCAAACAAGCAGGUUAAAAAGAAAACACUAAGGAAAUUAAACAGAUUUUGUUUGGCUCUGCUCAUGGUACAGAAGAGAAAUUCAUCUUCAAUGUUAGGACAUGGCCUACAUAA